AUGGGGAAAUUAUUCGAGAGAAUCAUCAUCCAACGAAUCAGACAUAGCGUAUCUACGGGUGUGGGAUUGUCCCCCCACCAAUUUGGGUUUCGCGCACAGCGUUCCACAGUGGACGCCCUCUUACGUUUGAGGGCGAUACUGGAACCAGUAUACGAGGGGGGACGAGUCGGCGUCGCGAUAUCAUUGGAUAUUUCCAAUGCAUUCAAUUCGUUCCCCUGGGAAAGGAUUUGGCAAGCUCUUGUUGCGAAAAAAGUCCCCAAUUAUUUGAGAACCAUUGUGGAGAGUUAUCUUUCGAAUAGGUGGAUCUGUUUUGAGGAUGCAAAGGGUCGCGUCAGAAAAGUCCCAAUGACAUGUGGAGUCCCGCAGGGUUCGGCCUUUGGCCCAGAAGCAUGGAUCUUCACAUAUGACGAAAUACUCAAGCAGAUUAUGCCGGAGGAGGACUGUCAUGUCCUAUGCUAUGCUGAUGAUACACCUAUACAUAGUCGCGAUAGGGGACUCUUUAAAGAUAGCUAG